AUGGAUCCGUCGAUUGAUCAUAUUGAACGCUUACGUACGAUUUAUAACAAAUUGAAAAAAGUUCGUUUUGGCGGUGUUGUCACUAGUCGUAAGCCGAAAUAUGCUGAAGCUGCAUUAGAUUUCCAAUCCUUGUCACGUCAAUUACGUCAAGAGAACUGUCUUGAAUACGCGGGUCUAUGUUUGAUUCAAUCGUCUCGUUGUUUUUCGGAAUUAAAAUCUUCUACAAGUGAAUUACAGAUGUUACUCGAAGCUGCAUCGAUAUUCAUUGAAAUCGAACUACAAACUCAUCAAAGCAACACAUUAUCCUACCAUGAAAAUCUUUCGCUAGCGUUAGCCGCAUAUCAAUUAGCACAGAAAAAUCUCCGCGAACAAAACGAACGCUAUCUCGCUGGCUUGAUCACCUUUCAAGUUGGUUUACACUUAGAAAUGUUAGAGAAAUUUCACGAAAGUGAACGACUUUUUUCCAUGGCGAUCGAUUCAUUUCAAGACCUCUUAGCAAUACAAAUCUGUGUCUAUCAAAAACUGAUUAAUAUACGAAUUGAUAAUGAAAAAUUCAAUCUAGCUUUACAAGCAACGACGAAUCUAAUCGAACGUCUCGUGAAAACGUCGCCGAAUGAUAUCAGCUAUCGUCGUCUACUAGCAUCUUAUGAUAUUCUUCGACUCUUUUUGUUGUUGAUUCUUCAACCACAUCCUCAACGUCUCCGUGCCGAUUAUGCAAAAACUUUAGAUGCAUACACAUGGGAAGUUUAUGAAAAACUGAACAUUCCAACAUCAUAUCUGGAUGAAACACUGUUUUAUCUACUACAAUCGAUAACCUUAGCUGUUCAAGCGCGAGAUUUGAAACAUAUUGAUCAAUUAGAAUACGAUUUGAAUCAACAAUCUCAGAUUAGUCCUCGACAUAUGCAUCUAUUUCAUAUAUUAAAACAAAAAAUAUCGGGCCAUUUCAUCGAUACAUUUAAAUUCGAUCAACAGACAUCAACAACCGGUGAUGUAGCAGAUUAUCGCUAA